AUGACUGUUAAGGAGGCGAGGGAUGCAGCGUUCUACUAUCAGGACUACUUAGGGGCUAGGAUUUCCAUCGUAGAGAUGACGAACCUUCUUAUGAGAGAUUCAUCAUAUGCUCUGCUUCUGCAAGGAGAAGAAUCACCGUUGUUGAGCAUGAUUCCUCCGUGGGUCUCCCUACCUUCUCACUUCGUGGCCUCGAACGCCGUCAAUUGGGUUAUUAAAACGUUGAUAAUGCCGUGUUUAAUCGAUGAGCAUUCGAAGCAGCUAUUUCCCGAGAUAACCACAGAGGAGUUCGCGAGAAGGUUGAGGAAGCGCCUCCGACUUUGGGGACUCGUAGCCUUCGUUACGCUGAUACCAGUGUUGAUGAUGAGCUUCUUAUUUACCUGGCUAAAAUAUACGGAUGAUUUUAGAAGCGCCCGAGCUAGUCCUUUGCAAAGGGAGUGGACGAAUGUGGCGAAAUUUCAUACUCGGGAGUUUCUAGAGUUACCACAUCUUCAUCGUUCGCGACUGAACUCAGCGUUGCUACCGAGGGGAGGAGGAAGCGUUACGGAAGCGUUUGUUAAUAUGAGUUGGGGAACAACACCGAUACAAGGAGCUACUAAAAGGUUGAUCAAAUACGUUUGCGGUAGCAUAGCUGCGACCUUGUUCGCGUUGGCGUUGUGGGAUGAUUCGCCGUUACUACAUGUUGUAUUUGCUGGGAAGAAUCUUCUGUGGUAUCUUGCGGUUUCGGGCACAUUAGUAUCUUUGGUGAGUCGAUCGACUGAUGAUGGUGAACGUGGGCAAACUGCUGAUGGUAAAUUAUGCCACUUCAGCGUCUGCCCCGUUGAGAGCGACGACGUCGUCGCCUCGAGAAUCUUCUACUGGUGGGAAAAGGAGGGAAAUCGGAUACAUUAUCUACCGCAAAUGUCACAGAUCGUGCAAGGGGAGGAGUUGAACGAGUCCAACUCGGCGUGCCGAUUUGAUUUCUUGUAUAAUUUCGAGCGAUGCAAGGCGAGUUUCCUGUCGGUGUUCUACGUGGAUCGGAUUCGAAUAAUACUUUUUGAAUUGUUCGAUUUGUGGUUGAGAACUCUUAUGAGCAUCCGAGUUUUGGUCAUUGGUGUGUUUAUGGAUCACUUGAUGAGAAUGAAGAUUGAGUUAAGACAAAUAGAAAAAGACGGCAGUGGUCGAGUAGUUGUCAUUGCGGAAGAGUCGGAGGAUAUUUGGCAUCUUUAUAAUCUGGUUCAAAGAGGCGAUCGAGUAACGGCCAACACGGUGAGAAAAGUGUCGAAGGAAACUAGUAGUGGUAGCGUGUCGUCAGAAAAAAGGCAUUUGCGAUUGACCAUCGCAGUGACGGCAGUUGAUUAUGACGGUGAAGCGAAUAUCAUACGGUUUUCGGGCAAGAACCGUACCGAGAGCCCAUAUAUCAAGCUGAAUCAGCACCACACGAUAGAGGUUGGGUUGAAUAAUAAGAUACAAAUUUCAAAAGGGAAUUGGGACAGCUUUUCACUCGACAUACUCAAUGAAGCAACGAAUGUUUAUCAAGCAAUAAAAAAUCACGUUGAUUUUGGAAGAGUGAAAUGCAUCGUCAUCGCGGGCCCCGGUUUUGUCAAAGAUGACUUUGUGAAAUAUGCCCGGGAGGAAGCGACCAAGAAAGCCGAUUCAUUAAUGUUAAACGCAACAAAGAAUAAGUUCGUUUCCUGUCACUGCUCUACAGCGUACAAACAAGGGCUCAACGAACUGAUGUCGAAUGAAACUGUGAAGUCGCAGGUGGCUGAUACUAAAGCAAUGUCGAAUGUCUCUGCACUGGAUCGAUUUUAUACUAUGUUGAAGAAUGAUCCGGAACGAGCCGUUUAUGGGCCCGGCCCUGUGACGAAAGCGGCUGAGAUGGGCGCGAUAGAAGAGCUGCUGAUCACAGAUGGUCUUUUCCGAUCGUCCUCUGUUGCUGUCAGGAAGCGAUAUGUGGCGCUCGUGGAAGAGGUGCAGACCACGAGUAGUGUAUUCGUUUUUAGUACUCAACACGUUAGUGGUGAACAACUACAGAAUCUCGCUGGUAUAGCAGCAACACUGAAAUUUCCUUGUCCUGAUCUGGAUGAAGAAUACGCCCUCACUGAGCAGGAGCCGAUGGACUCGGGAGAUGAUGAAGAUGUGACGCCGGAGAGCUCGGAGAUCGACGAUGCUUUUCUAGCAACCAUUUGA